GCGAGAGGACAAACCCCCCCCCCCCCCCAAGAUGAAAGUGGAUCGGACGAAGCUGAAGAAAACCCCCACGGAGGCGCCCGCUGACUGCCGGGCCCUCAUUGAGAAGCUGAAGGCGUGUGGUGAUGAGCAGCUGGUGGCUGAGCUGCAGCAGAUCAAGACAUGGAACAUUGGGAAGUGCGAGCUGUACCACUGGGUGGAUCUCCUGGAUCGCUUCGACGGGAUCCUGGCGGAAGCCGGGCGGCCGGUGGAGAACAUGUCCUGGAUGUUGGCCUGCGACCGGCCCGAGCGGGAGCAGCUCAAGGCCCUUCUCUUGGCUCUGCUCAACUUCACGGCGCUGCUCAUCGAGUACAGCUUCUCCCGCCACCUCUACAGCUCCAUCGAGCACCUCACGACGCUGUUGGCCUCCUCGGACAUGCAGGUGGUGUUGGCCGUGCUCAACCUGCUCUACGUCUUCAGCAAGCGCUCCAACUACAUCACCCGCCUGGGCUCUGACAAGAGGAGCCCCCUCCUGUCCCGCCUCCAGCACCUGGCUGAGAGUUGGGGAGGAAAAGAGAAUGGAUUUGGUUUGGCCGAGUGCUGCCGGGACCUCCACAUGCUGAAGUACCCCCCCAGUGCCACCACCCUCCACUUCGAGUUCUAUGCUGAACCAGGCGUCGAGGUGAAGGUGGACAAGAGGGCCACCAGCACCACCCUACACUACAUCCACAUCGAGCAGCUGGACAAGAUUUCAGAGAGCCCCUCGGAGAUCAUGGAGUCGCUCACCAAGAUGUACAGCAUCCCCAAAGACAAGCAAAUGCUCCUGUUCACCCACAUUCGCCUGGCCCAUGGCUUCUCCAACCACAAGAAGCGGCUGCAAGCGGUGCAAGCGCGGCUCCACGCCAUCUCCAUCCUGGUGUACUCCAAUGCUCUGCAGGAGUCAGCCAACAGCAUCCUCUACAACGGCCUCAUCGAAGAGCUGGUGGAUGUGCUCCAAAUCACUGACAAGCAGCUUAUGGAUAUUAAAGCAGCUUCCUUACGGACCCUCACCUCUAUCGUCCAUCUGGAGCGAACCCCGAAGCUGAGCAGCAUCAUCGACUGCACCGGCACCGCUUCCUACCACGGCUUCCUCCCCGUCCUGGUCCGCAACUGCAUCCAAGCCAUGAUCGACCCCUCCAUGGAGCCCUAUCCCCACCAGUUUGCCACCGCGCUCUUCUCCUUCCUCUACCACUUGGCCAGUUACGACGCGGGCGGUGAGGCUUUGGUGUCCUGUGGCAUGAUGGAAGCGCUGCUGAAGGUGAUCAAGUUCUUGGGGGACGAGCAGGAUCAGAUCACCUUCGUCACCCGAGCCGUGCGGGUGGUGGAUCUCAUCACCAACCUGGACAUGGCAGCCUUCCAGUCCCACAGCGGCCUCUCCAUCUUCAUCUACCGCCUCGAGCACGAGGUGGAUCUGUGCCGCUGCGAGUGCCCCUUCGUCAUCAAGCCCAAGGUGCAGCGUCCCCCGGCUGCCACCGUCCCUGAGGGCGAGGAGAUGGAGACGGACAUGGAAGUGACAGACGUGGCCAUGGAGAGCAGCCCCGGUCCCUCGGCCGAAGCCCGUCAGGAUCCAGCACCCUCCUCAAACAGCUCUGCUGUGCCCAGCACCAGCACUGCCCCCACCUCCUCCCCACGCGGGGGAGUCCAGUGCAUCCCGCAACGCGCCGCCUUGCUCAAAUCCAUGCUGAAUUUCCUUAAGAAAGCCAUCCAAGAUCCCGCUUUCUCCGAUGGUAUCCGCCACGUGAUGGACGGCUCGCUGCCCACCUCCCUGAAGCACAUCAUCAGCAACGCCGAGUAUUACGGCCCUUCGCUCUUCCUCCUGGCGACCGAGGUGGUGACGGUGUUCGUGUUCCAGGAGCCUUCGCUGCUCUCCUCCCUGCAGGACAACGGCCUCACCGACGUCAUGCUCCACGCUCUGCUCAUCAAGGAUGUCCCGGCUACUCGCGAGGUUUUGGGUUCGUUGCCCAACGUCUUCAGCGCCCUUUGCCUCAACGCCCGCGGGCUCCAGUCCUUCGUGCAGUGCCAACCCUUCGAGAGGCUCUUCAAGGUGCUGCUGUCCCCCGACUACCUCCCGGCCAUGCGGCGGCGGCGCAGCUCCGACCCCCUGGGAGACACAGCCUCCAACCUGGGCAGCGCUGUGGAUGAGCUGAUGCGGCACCAACCCACCCUCAAGACCGAUGCCACCACCGCCAUCAUCAAGCUUUUAGAGGAGAUUUGCAGCCUGGGCCGGGACCCCAAAUACAUCUGCCAGAAGCCCUCGAUGCAGAAAGCGGAUGGGACAGCAGCAGCCCCCCCGCCCCGCUCCCCCCACGCUGCUGAGGAAGCCUCCAGUGAGGAUGAGGAGGAGGAAGAAGUUCAGGCCAUGCAGAGCUUCAGUGCUACCCAGCAGAGCGAGGCCGAGCCCAGCCAGCAGGUGGUGGGCACCGAGGAGCGAAUCCCUAUCCCCCUCAUGGAUUAUAUCCUCAACGUGAUGAAGUUCGUGGAGUCCAUCCUCAGCAACAACACGACGGACGAUCACUGCCAGGAGUUCGUGGCGCAGCGGGGGCUGCGGCCCCUCGUCACCAUCCUGGGCCUUCCCAACCUGCCCGUUGACUUCCCAACGUCCGCAGCCUGCCAGGCCGUGGCGGGGGUCUGCAAAUCCAUCCUGACGCUGUCGCACGAGCCCAAGGUGCUGCAGGAGGGGCUGCUGCAGCUCGAGGCCGUUCUCUCGGCGCUGGAGCCGCUGCACCGGCCCAUCGAGGCUCCGGGGGGGUCGGUGCUGCUGCGGGAGCUGGCGGGGGCCGGCAGCGUCCCCGACGCCACCCUCUCGGCCCAGGCCACCCCCCUCCUGCACGCCCUCACGGCCGCCCAUGCCUACAUCAUGAUGUUCGUCCACACGUGCCGCGUGGGGCAGAGUGAGAUCCGGGCCAUCUCGGUGAACCAGUGGGGCUCCCAGUUGGGCCUGAGCGUGCUGGGGAAGCUGAGUCAGCUUUACUGCUCCCUGGUGUGGGAGAGCACGGUGCUGCUCUCCCUCUGCACCCCAAAUAGCCUCCCCCCAGGGUGUGAGUUCGGCCAGGCCGACAUGCAGAAGCUGGUGCCCAAGGAGGAGAAGGCAGCCCCCAGCCCCCCCCAGGGCGGGAAGAGGGCAGAGGGUGAAGCAGAGACCCCAGUGCCGGGGGGCUCGGGGGGUGCUGGGGACCCCCCCCCAGCACAGGGGCUGCUGGAGGGGAUGGGGCUGGAGAGCGAAGCUCUGGCCCCCAUGGAGACGGACGAGCCCAGCGCCACCGACCCCAAGGCCAAGGCCAAGAUCACCCCGGCCAUGGCCGCCCGCAUCAAGCAGAUCAAACCCCUGCUCUCCGCCUCGUCGCGGCUGGGCCGGGCGCUGGCCGAGCUCUUCGGGCUGCUGGUGAAGCUGUGCGUGGGCUCCCCGGUGCGGCAGCGCCGCAGCCACCACGCGGCCGCCGCGGCGCCCGCCCCGACCCCCGCGGCCAGAGCCACCGCCUCGGCCCUCACCAAGCUGCUGACCAAGGGGCUGAGCUGGCAGCCCCCCCCGUACACCCCCACCCCGCGGUUCCGCCUGACCUUCUUCAUCUGCUCCGUCGGCUUCACCUCUCCCAUGCUCUUCGACGAGCGCAAGUUCCCCUAUCACCUCAUGCUGCAGAAGUUCCUCUGCUCUGGUGGCCAUAAUGCUCUCUUUGAGACCUUUAACUGGGCACUGUCCAUGGGGGGCAAAGUGCCGGUAGCAGAAGGGUUGGAGCAUCCCGACCUUCCCGAUGGCACCGGGGAGUUCCUGGACGCGUGGUUGAUGCUGGUGGAGAAGAUGGUGAACCCCAGCACGGUGCUAGAGUCCCCCCACGCGCUGCCAGCCAAGGCCCCUACCCAUGGGACACCCCACUUCAGCGCCCUGCGCUUCCUCGUUGUCACCCAGAAGGCCGCCUUCACGUGCAUCAAGCAGCUGUGGAACCGGCGGCCGCUGAAGGUGUACGGGGGCCGGAUGGCAGAGUCCAUGUUGGCCAUCCUGUGCCACAUCCUGCGCGGGGAGCCCCUCAUCCGGGAGCGCCUGGGCCGGGAGCGCGAAGGGCCCCGCGCCGAGGAGGAGCCGGGCACCGAGGAGGGGGGGCCCCGGAGGGAGCCCCAGGUCAACCAGCAGCAGCUCCAGCAGCUGAUGGACAUGGGCUUCUCCCGGGAGCACGCUAUGGAGGCCCUGCUCAACACCAACACCAUGGAGCAAGCCACCGAGUAUCUGCUCACCCACCCUCCUCCCCUCAUGGGGGGUGUAGUACGGGACCUGAGCAUGUCGGAGGAGGACCAGAUGAUGCGCGCCAUCGCCAUGUCCCUGGGCCAGGACAUCCCCAUGGACCAGCGGGCAGAGUCCCCAGAGGAGGCAGCGUGCCGGAAGGAAGAGGAGGAACGUCGCGCCCGCGAGCGCCAGGAGGAAGAAGAAGCCAAAUGCCUGGAGAAAUUCGAAGGGGCUGAACCUUUGGAAGCUGCCGAGCUUUUGGCCUUCACCGAUUCCAUGCUCCCGGGUUGUUCCCAACUCCUGGAUGAGCUUCCCGACACCGUGUACCGCGUGUGCGACCUGAUCAUGACGGCCAUCAAGCGCAACGGGGCCGCCUACCGCGACUCCGUGCUCAAGCAAGUGGUGAAGCAGGUUUGGGAAGCAGCUGAUGUGCUCAUCAAGGCAGCUUUGCCCCUCACCACCAGCGACACCAAAACGGUGUCCGAAUGGAUCAGCCAAAUGGCCACUUUGCCUCAAGCUUCCAAUUUGGCCACUCGGAUCCUUCUGCUUACUCUUCUUUUUGAGGAGCUGAAGCUGCCGUGUGCUCGCGUGGUGGAAUCGAGCUGCGUGCUGGAUGUCCUCAUCAAGCUGCUGGAAGUGGUGCAGCCCUGCCUGCAAGCUGCCAAGGAGCACAAGGAGGUGCAGACCCCCAAGUGGAUCACCCCCGUCCUGCUGCUCAUUGACUUCUAUGAGAAGACGGCUGUCUCCUCCAAGAGGAGGGCUCAGAUGAACAAGUACCUGCAGGCGAGCGGGAACAACUGGCGCUGGUUCGACGACCGCUCGGGGCGCUGGUGCAGCUACAGCGCCAGCAACAACAGCACCAUCGACGCGGCCUGGCGCGCCGGCGAGCCCAGCGUGCGCUUCACCGCCGGGCGCCGCCGCUACACCGUGCAGUUCACCACCAUGGUGCAGGUGAAUGAGGAGACGGGCAACAGGCGGCCGGUGAUGCUGACGCUGCUGCGCUCCCCCCGCAAGGCCGGGAAGGACGGGGGGGACGGAGAGAGGGCGGCCGAGGAAAACCGGGAUCCGGAGGGAAGGGGCAAAGAGGAGCCCCCCGCCCCAGAAGCCCCCCCCGAGGACGACGCUUCGGCAGCUCCAUCCUCCUCAUCCUCCCCAUCGCCGUCCUCGUGCUCCCCAUCGCCGGAGGAGCCGUCGGGCUGGGCCGAGGCGCCGGUGAAGGGGCUGGCGGAGGAGGCGGUGCCGGCCGUGCUCAGGGCCUGCGUGAGCAUGUUGGGGGUCCCGGUGGACCCCGACACCCUUCACGCCACGCUGCGGUUGUGCCUCCGCCUCACGCGGCACCACAAACACGCGCUGCUCUUCGCCGAGCUCCGCAGCACCAGAACCAUCCUGGGGCUGACCCAGAGCUCCGGCUUCACCGGCUUCACCCCCCUCGUCACCCUCCUCUUCCGGCACAUCAUCGAGGACCCCUGCACCCUGCGGCACACCAUGGAGAAGGUGGUGCGCUCCGCAGCCACCAGCGGCGCCGGCAGCACCACGUCGGGAGUGGUGUCGGGAAGCCUGGGAUCCCGGGAAGUGAACUACAUCCUGCGGGUGCUGGGGCCCGCCGCCUGCCGCAGCCCCAACGUCUUCACCGAGGUGGCCACCGGCUGCAUCCGCAUCGCCCUGCCCGCUCCCCGCGGCUCCGGCACCGCCUCGGACGAUGAGUUCGAGAACCUGCGCAUCAAAGGCCCCAACGCGGUGCAGCUGGUGAAGACGACGCCGGUGAAGCCGUCGGCGCUGCCCGUCAUCCCCGAGCCCAUCAAGGACGUCAUCUACGACAUGCUCAAUGCCCUGGCAGCCUACCAUGCACCCGACGAGGGUGACAAGGGGGACCCCAAGAGCGCGGCGCCCUCGGAGGUGAGCCAGCUCCUGUCGGACAUCGGCGACGACAUGUACCAGCAGUACCGGAGCCUCACGCGCCAGCCCGGCGACUUCGACCCCCCCUCCGGCUUCGCCAUCAACGCCCAGGUUUUUGGUGCUGAUGGAGCUGCUGCGGAGACGCCGCCGUCGGGGACGCCGCAGGGUGAAGCAGCCAGCCCCGAGGAGGGCCGGGAAGGGCGGAAGGAGAAGGACGGGGAGCGGGGCGAGGAGCGGCAGCGGGUGAAGGCCUCCAAGCCCCUCAUGCCCACGUCCACCAUCCUGCGGCUGCUGGCGGAGCUCGUGCGCUCCUACGUGGGCAUCGCCACGCUCAUCGCCAACUACAGCUACACCGUGGGGCAGUCCGAGCUCAUCAAGGAGGACUGCAGCGUGUUGGCCUUCGUGCUGGACCACCUCCUGCCGCACACGCCCAACGUGGAGGACAAGGACACGCCGGCGCUGGCGCGGCUCUUCCUGGCCAGCCUGGCAGCCGCCGGCACCGGCACCGACGCGCAGGUGGCGCUGGUCAACGAGGUGAAGGCGGCGCUGGGCCGGGCGCUCGCCAUGGCCGAGAGCACCGAGAAGCACGCCCGGCUCCAGGCCGUCAUGUGCAUCAUCAGCACCAUCAUGGAGUCCUGCCCCACCACCUCCAGCUUCUACAGCAGCGCCACCAAGACGCAGCACAACGGCAUGAACAACAUCAUCCGCCUCUUCCUCAAGAAGGGUUUGGUCAACGACCUGGCCAGGGUCCCCCACAGCCUGGACCUCUCCAGCCCGAACAUGGCGAACACGGUGAACGCGGCGCUGAAGCCGCUGGAGACGCUCUCGCGCAUCGUGAACCAGCCCAGCGGGAGCCUCUUCGGCACCAAGGGCUCCUCCAGCAAGAGCAAGGCCGAGGGCGCCGGGGGGGCGCGGGACAGCGGCGCCGCCCCCCCCGAUGGAGGGGACCCCGGGGACCCCGAGCCCCCCGAGGAGGACGCGGAGGUGGCGCAGGCAGAGGCGGCCGAUGGGGACAUGGAUGGUGAGGCUGAAGGUGACACAACGGGGCAGCCCGAGGGGCUCAGCACCCAAGAGAUGCAGGUGGAAAAUGAACUGGAGGAUCUCAUUGACGAGCUGCUGGAGCGGGAUGGAGCCGCUGGGAACAGCACCAUCAUCGUGAGUCGCUCGGGUGAGGAUGAGUCCCAAGAGGAUGUGUUGAUGGAUGAAGCUCCCUCCAACCUCAGCCAAGCCUCCACGCUGCAGGCCAACAGGGAAGAUUCCAUGAACAUCCUGGAUCCUGAGGAUGAGGAGGAGCACACGCAGGAGGAGGACAGCAGCGGCAGCAAUGAGGAUGAGGAUGACAGUCAGGAUGAGGAGGAGGAGGAAGAGGAGGAAGAUGAGGAUGAUCAGGAUGACGAGGAAGGGGAGGAAGGGGAGGAGGAGGAGGACGACGACGAUGGCUCCGAGAUGGAGCUGGACGAGGACUAUCCCGACAUGAACGCGUCGCCCCUCGUGCGCUUCGAGCGCUUCGAUCGCGACGACGACCUCAUCAUCGAGUUCGACAACAUGUUCUCCAGCCCCACCGACAUCCCGCCGUCCCCCGGGAACAUCCCCGCCAGCCACCCGCUGCUGGUGCGCCACGCGGAGCACGGGGCGCUGGCGCUGGGCACCGGCGCCGCCACCACGCGCCUGGCGCAGGGGCUGGGCCGCAGCCAGCGCACGCUGCGCCAGCUCACGGCCAACGCCGGCCACACCAUCCACGUGCACUACCCCGGCGCCCGGCAGCCCAACCCGCCCCUCAUCCUGCAGCGGCUGCUGGGCCCGUCGGCGGCGGCCGACAUCCUGCAGCUGAGCAGCAGCCUCCCGCUGCAGAGCCGGGGCCGGGCCCGCCUGCUGGUGGGUAACGAGGACGUGCACAUCAUCGCCCGCUCCGACGACGAGCUGCUCGACGACUUCUUCCACGAGCAGGGCAGCACCGGCAGCCAGGCAGGGACCCUUUCCAGCAUCCCCACGGCCCUGACGCGCUGGACCGAGGAGUGCAAGGUGCUGGAUGCUGAGAGCAUGCACGACUGCGUCUCGGUGGUGAAGGUGCCCAUCCUGGCCCGCCUGGAAGCGCUGCGUGACGAGGAGCUGGACGAGCGGCGCGAGAAGCGCCGGCGCCAGGCGGCCGAGGAGGAAGCCAAAGGCACCGAGCGGGGCCCUGAGGACAAAGAGGGGCCUGACACCCAGGACGUGGCAUCCAAAGCCGCCACCGCCACCACUGACGUCACCCCCCCAGAACACAGCGGGACAACGGGAGAGACCCCCCCUCCCGGUCCCCACCGGACAUUGGUGAUGUUGGAACCGACGCCGACCCCCCCAGAUCCUCCUUCAGGAGGAACCCCCCAAAUUCCCACUCGCCCCCCCCAACCCCCUGAACAUGAAGAGGGGGGACCCGGGCGACCCCCCCAAGAUGCUGAAGCCACUCAAAUGGAGCUGUCACCCGCUCCCACCAUCACAUCGCUGUCCCCGGAGCGAGCGGAGGACUCGGAUGCACUGACAGCCGUGAGCAGCCAACUGGAAGGAUCCCCAAUGGACACCUCGAGUUUGGCUUCUUGUACCUUGGAAGAGUCAGGGGGGGCCCCCCCUCCUCCAACAGCCCCCCAAAAUCCCCCCGGGACCCCCCAAGGACCCCCCCCAGCUCCCCCUGACACCGCUCAGCCCCCCGACGACAGCUCGCCCCCGGCCUCGUCCUCGGAGAGUUCCUCCACCCGGGAUUCAGCCGUUGCCAUUUCGGGAGCUGAUUCCCAAGGGAUCCUGGAGGAGCCGCUGCCAUCCACCAGCAGCGAGGAGGAGGACCCCCUGGCCGGGAUCAGCCUGCCGGAGGGGGUGGACCCGUCGUUCCUGGCGGCGCUGCCGGACGACAUCCGCCGGGAAGUGCUGCAGAACCAGCUGGGGAUCCGCCCCCCCGCGCGGGCCCCGCCCACCCCAAGCCCCGCCCCCCCGGUGGUGGCCAAUCCCGGCCUGACCGAGGUCAGCCCCGAGUUCCUGGCGGCGCUGCCCCCGGCCAUUCAGGAGGAGGUGCUGGCGCAGCAGCGCGCGGAGCAGCAGCGGCGGGAGCUGGCGCAGGCGACGAGCUCGGACGCGCCGAUGGACCCGGUGACGUUCAUCCAGACGCUGCCGUCGGAGCUGCGGCGCUCGGUGCUGGAGGACAUGGAGGACAGCGUGCUGGCCGUCAUGCCGCCCGACAUCGCCGCCGAGGCCCAGGCCCUGCGGCGCGAGCAGGAGGCGCGGCAGCGGCAGCUCAUGCACGAGAGGCUCUUCGGCCACUCCAGCACCUCCGCGCUCUCCGCCAUCCUGCGCAGCCCCGCGUUCACGAGCCGCCUGAGCGGGAGCCGGGGGGUGCAGUACACGCGCCUGGCGGUGCAGCGCGGGGGCACCUUCCACAUGGGCGGCACCGCCGGGCACAGCAGACCCUCGACCGGCAACGUCGACAACCUCCUCCGCCUCCGCGGCCGCCUUCUGCUGGACCACGAAGCCCUCUCCUGCCUCCUGGUGCUGCUCUUCGUGGACGAGCCCAAGCUGAACACGAGCCGCCUGCACCGGGUGCUGCGGAACCUCUGCUACCACGCGGCCACGCGGGGCUGGGUGGUGCGGAGCCUCCUCUCCAUCCUGCAGCGCAGCAGCGAGAGCGAGCUCUGCCUCGAGGCCCCCCGCGCCCCCCCAGCGCCCGACGAGCGCCCUCGCCGUGCCCGAGCCCCCCCCAGCACCACCAGCACCACCGGUACCACCAGUACCACCAGCACCACCGCCAGUAGCAGCGAGCCGCGCGCUCUCGACCUCAUGCACCGAGUGGAAGCGCGGAGUUCCGGACAGCUUUCCUGGCUUUCCGUCUCUAUGGAUGCGGCUUUAGGAUGUCGGACCAAUAUAUUCCAGAUCCAAAGGAUUCCCGGUAGGAAACACACGGAAAAACACGGCGCCGCCGCCGGAUCCGCCGUCCACAUCCACCCGCAGGCUGCGCCCGUCGUGUGCCGGCACGUCCUCGACACCCUCAUCCAGCUGGCCAAGGUCUUUCCCAGCCACUUCACCCAGCAGCGCGGCCGGGAUCCCAGCACGGAGCCGGAGCGGGAACGCGGCCCCCCAAAAUCCGGGGGCAGCCCCUGUCCCCCCCCUCCUCCUCCUCCUCCACCUCCCCCCCCUCCUCCCCAAACCCCUCCUGCCCCCCCACCCCCUCCCCCUCCCUCCGGAGCCCCUCCCCCCGCCCUGCCCCCCCCUUCCGGCAGCCUUUCCACUGAUUUUUGGGACCUUUUGGUGAAGCUGGAUAACAUGAACGUGAGCCGGAAAGGGAAGAGCUCGGCUAAAACGGGAGCGGGAGGGGGGGGCCCGGAGCCCGAGGCCACGGGAAUGGGGCUGGAAGCGUCUCCCUUGGGCCAACUGAUGAACAUGUUGUCCCACGGCGUGAUCCGCCGCAGCGCGCUCCUGACGGAAAAGCUGCUCCGGCUCCUGUCCCUCAUCUCCAUCGCUCUUCCCGAAGGUGGGAAAGGGGGUGAGGGGGGAGCGGCGGCGGCGGCGGCAGCGCCCCAAAGUGUCCCCGUGGCAACGGGAGCCGGGGCGGCUCCGUCGAGUCCAUCGGCGCAGAGUGGGAAUGCCGGGAAUGCUGCGGCGGGAGGGGGAGCUGCGGCCGGGGCCCCUGCCAAGAGCUCCAAGUCCCCAGCGAAGGGCCCCGAGACCAGCCCCGACCCCCGGAUGGCGGCCACGGGCCUGACCGAGAGCCAGCUCCAGCUCUCGGUGGAGGUCCUGACGUCCCACUCGUGCUCCGAGGAAGGGCUGGAGGACGCGGCCAACGUCCUGCUCCAGCUCUCGCGCGGCGACGCCGGCACCAGGGACACGGUUCUGCGCCUGCUCCUCACCGGCGCCCGGCACCUCGGGGCCACCCUCUGCCGCCAGAUCGGGACGCUGCUGGCCGAGCUGCGGGAAUACAACCUGGAGCAGCAGCGGCGGGCGCAGAGCGAGGCCCCGUCCCCGGAGGGGCUCCCCGAGGAGCAGCCGCCCAGCGCCAAGCUCAAGGGCAAGAUGCAGAGUCGCUUCGACACGGCCGAGAGCGUGGUGAUCGUGGCGUCGCAGAAGCGGGCGCUGGGCGGGCGGGAGCUGCAGCUUCCCUCCAUGUCCGUGCUCACCUCCAAGACCUCCACCCAGCGCUUCUUCCUCCGCGUGCUGCAGGUCAUCAUCCAGCUGCGCGACGACACGCGCCGGGCGCACAAGAAGGCCAAGCAGGCCGGGCGCCUGGGCGCCGGGGGCCUCGGGGCGGCUGGCAGCAUCCAAGCAGCCGUCCGGCAGCUGGAGGCCGAGGCCGACGCCAUCAUACAAAUGGUACGUGAGGGCCAGAGGGCCCGGAGGCGGCAGCAGGCAGACACGUCGGAGGCCGGGCCGGCGGACGCCGCUCCCCGUCGCGACGAGUCGCCCAUGGACGUGGAUCAGCCGUCGCCAGCCCCACAGGACAACCCCUCCGUGGGCUCGGAGGGGCCGCAGGGGCCGGAGCGGGACGAGCGUCCCCCCGAGCUGCCGCUGCUGAGUGAGCAACUCUGCCUGGACGAGCUCUGGGACAUGCUGGGAGAGUGCCUCAAGGAGCUGGAGGAGUCGCACGACCAGCACGCCGUGCUCGUGCUGCAGCCGGCGGUGGAGGCGUUCUUCCUGGUUCACGCCACGGAGCGGGAGAGCAAGCCCCCGGUGCGGGAUACCCGGGAGAGCCAACUGGCCCACAUCAAGGACGAGCCCCCCCCGCUGUCCCCGGCCCCCCUCACCCCCGCCACCCCCUCCUCCCUCGACCCCUUCUUCUCCCGCGAGCCCUCGUCCAUGCACAUCUCGGCCAGUCUGCCCCCCGACACCCAGAAGUUCCUGCGCUUCGCCGAGACCCACCGGACGGUGCUGAACCAGAUCCUGCGUCAAUCCACCACCCACUUGGCCGACGGCCCCUUCGCCGUCCUGGUCGACUACAUCCGCGUCCUGGACUUCGACGUCAAGCGCAAGUACUUCCGUCAGGAGCUGGAGCGGUUGGACGAGGGGCUGCGCAAGGAGGACAUGGCCGUGCACGUGCGGCGCGACCACGUCUUCGAGGACUCAUACAGGGAACUGCACCGAAAGUCCCCCGAGGAGAUGAAGAACAGGCUGUACAUCGUGUUCGAGGGCGAGGAGGGGCAGGACGCGGGGGGGCUCCUGCGGGAGUGGUACAUGAUCAUCUCGAGGGAGAUGUUCAACCCCAUGUACGCCCUGUUCCGCACGUCGCCGGGGGACAGGGUCACCUACACCAUCAACCCCUCGUCCCACUGCAACCCCAACCACCUCAGCUACUUCAAGUUCGUGGGGCGCAUCGUGGCCAAGGCCGUCUACGACAACCGUCUCCUCGAGUGUUACUUCACCAGGUCCUUCUACAAGCACAUCCUGGGCAAGUCUGUCAGGUACACGGACAUGGAGAGCGAGGAUUACCACUUCUACCAGGGCCUGGUCUAUCUGCUGGAGAACGAUGUCUCCACCUUGGGCUACGACCUCACCUUCAGCACUGAGGUGCAGGAGUUCGGGGUGUGUGAGGUUCGGGACCUGAAGCCCAACGGAGCCAACGUGCUGGUGACGGAGGAGAACAAGAAGGAAUACGUGCACCUCGUGUGCCAGAUGCGCAUGACCGGAGCCAUUCGGAAGCAACUCGCCGCCUUCUUGGAGGGUUUCUACGAGAUCAUCCCCAAACGCCUCAUCUCCAUCUUCACGGAGCAAGAGCUGGAGCUGCUCAUCUCGGGGCUGCCGACCAUCGACAUCGACGACCUCAAAGCCAACACCGAGUACCACAAGUACCAGGGGAACUCCAUCCAGAUCCAGUGGUUCUGGAGAGCGUUGAGGUCCUUCGACCAAGCGGACAGGGCCAAGUUCCUGCAGUUCGUGACGGGCACGUCCAAGGUGCCGCUGCAGGGAUUCGCUGCCCUGGAGGGGAUGAACGGGAUCCAGAAGUUCCAGAUCCACCGGGAUGACCGCUCCACCGACCGCCUGCCCUCUGCACACACCUGCUUCAACCAGCUGGACCUGCCGGCCUACGAGAGCUACGAGAAGCUGCGGCACAUGCUGCUCUUGGCCAUCCAGGAGUGCUCCGAGGGCUUCGGGCUGGCCUAGGGGGGGUCCCCGCGGUGCCGCCCCCCGCCCCCCCCCCCGGAGCGGCUCUAUAAAUAUAUAUAUAUAUUUUUUGGUUUCGUUGGCUUUUUUUUUUUUUUUUUUUUGGGGUUUUUUUGGGGGGAUUUUUGCUCUGUUGGAAGGUGGGGGAGGGGGGUGUGCGUCCUCGCCCCCCCCACCAUGUCUUGGGGGAUUUGGAGGGGGUCGGGAUGGGGAAUUAAAGGGGAGAAGCCACCCCCUAAGUUAUAGAGGAAGAGGUUCGGCCCCUCCCCCCCCAAAAAAAAGAAAAAUUGAGAGAAAAAGUGAAAAAAGGAAUAAAAAAAGUGCACUCUUGGUAAGGGCA